UCCCCAAGCCCUGGCCAGGUACCCCGGUGUCAGCAUGGUGGCCCGCGGGGGAAUGGCACGGUUUUGGAGUCUGGAGAGCCUUCAUAUGGGCACAACUGCUGCAGAUGGCGGGACUGAAUCUUCAGCACUGGUGGAUGACAACGGCAGUGAGGAAGAUUACAGCUACGAAGAGCUCUGCCAAGCCACACCAAGGUACCUGCAGCCUGGAGGGGAGCAGCUCGCCAUUAAUGAGCUGAUAAGCGAUGGCAGCAUUGUGUAUGCAGAAGCUCUCUGGGACCAUGUCACUAUGGAUGAUCAAGAGCUGGGCUUCAAAGCUGGAGAUGUCAUUAGAGUCCUGGAAGCUUCCAACAAAGACUGGUGGUGGGGAAGAAAUGAGGACAAAGAAGCCUGGUUUCCAGCUAGUUUUGUCAGGCUGCGAGUUAAUCAGGAAGAACUACCAGAAAAUUGCAAUAGUAUCCAGGAUGAAGAACAAGAUGCAGAUAUUAGCAAGCAUCGUCAGAAAAUAGCUGAAAACAAGGAUCAGAUGAGAACCAACGUUAUACAGGAAAUUAUGAACACAGAACGAGUCUAUAUCAAGCAUCUCAAGGACAUCUGUGAGGGUUACAUUCGGCAGUGUCGCAAACAUACAGGAAUGUUCACCACAGCCCAGCUAAGCACCAUUUUUGGAAAUAUUGAGGAUAUUUACAAAUUCCAAAGAAAGUUUUUGAAGGAUCUUGAGAAACAGUACAACAAAGAAGAACCUCAUCUGAGUGAGAUAGGGUCAUGCUUUCUCCAACAUCAAGAAGGCUUUGCUAUUUAUUCAGAAUAUUGUAACAAUCAUCCCAGUGCCUGCAUUGAACUUUCCAAACUAAUGAAACAGGGCAAAUACCGUCACUUCUUUGAGGCCUGUCGCUUGCUUCAGCAGAUGAUUGACAUUGCCAUUGAUGGUUUUCUUCUCACGCCUGUUCAAAAAAUCUGCAAAUACCCUCUGCAGCUUGCAGAAUUGCUCAAAUACACCACGCAGGAGCACAGUGAUUAUAACAACAUAAAAGCUGCUUAUGAGGCUAUGAAGAAUGUGGCAUGCCUAAUCAAUGAGCGAAAACGAAGAUUGGAAAGCAUAGACAAGAUUGCACGUUGGCAAGUGUCUAUAGUAGACUGGGAGGGACCAGAUGUGUUAGCCAGAAGCUCGGAACUGAUCCACUCAGGAGAACUGACCAAAAUAUCAAAGCAAGGCAAAAGCCAGCAGAGGACUUUCUUCCUCUUUGACCAUCAACUUGUGUUCUGUAAGAAGGACCUACUGAGAAGGGACAUCUUGUAUUAUAAGGAUCGUAUCGACAUGGAUGAGAUGGAACUUGUAGACACUGAGGAUGGCAGAGACAAAGACUUUAACAUUAAUGUCAAGAAUGCUUUUAAGAUAAUAAACAGAGCAACAGAAGAGGUUCAUUUGUUCUGCGCAAAAAAGCAGGAGGAUAAGAAGAGAUGGAUGGAGGCAUGUGAAAGUGAAAGGAGAAGAGUUCGAGAAGAUAAGGAAAUGGGAAUGGAAAUCUCAGAAAACCAGAAGAAACAAGCCAUGCAGAACGCCCGUAAGUCAAGGCAUGGAAAAAUUAAAGGUGUAAGCUAUAAUGGGUGUCCUGUGCCUCCUCUACACCAGAGCUUGCACCCCAUCCAUCAGCGCCACAUCACCGUGCCCACCAGCAUCCCACAGCAGCAGGUCUUUGCCCUGGCAGAACCCAAGAGGAAGCCAUCCCUCUUCUGGCAUACCUUCAACAAACUCACCCCAUUCAAAAAGUGAAGGACACCAGCAUGGAGAGAGACUUAUUCCAAGGAAGGACCUUGGAGACCCAGUUAAGCGUAUUUAAGCUCAGUGAAUCUCCAGUUUUGGAGAAAAAACCGUGGGCUCCCUUGAGCCAGAAAUACAACUUUGUCUAGAAGAAUAAUGAAGUGGCUCAGCACUGCUCUGAAGUAAAUGUUGCCAAGUGUCAGCAUUGCUAAUGAAGAGCAGUUUCCUUCUGACAAAGACAGCUUACUGUUACUCUAAAGCAGCAGUAUUUGAUCUCUUUCUUAGUUAUGCUGAAGUAAUGAUAGAACUGUGCAGGUCAUUGUCACAUUUCAUUUUUCUUAAUCUUACGCUGAUGGCCAAAUUUAGUAUAGAGAGGGGUUUUUCCUUAAGGGUAUGUGAGCAAGGAAUCUUGGCAGAGUUUUCUCCUUUUGGAGAACCAAGCAGGAGCUGCCCAUUAAAAUAUGGAUAACAUGCGGUUGCUGGGUUUGGUGAACCCUAAUCCUUCCUGUCUUUUUCUGUUAAAUUGCCAAAUGGCAGGAGAAUGUCCCACAGGGCCUUAUCAUAUUCCAGAUUGGAACAGGGAAGUUUUAUUCUGUCAUAUAGAAACAUGAAGAGAGUGCAAAAUGGACUACAAAGAUGUGUGCAUUUAUUGCAUACAAGUGGAUACAAGAGGCGCCCCGGGCAUCUCUGAUUUCUUUCAGUCAGAGCAAUAUACUGCUUGCAUGUAUACUCUUCAAUAUAGAGCUUUUAUAUCACUUUUUGUGCACUUCUUCGCCUGGGAGACGCUUCUUUAUAUUCCAGUAUGCUUAUUUCUCUGUGAAAAAAGUUUGUUUUUUUUUUAAUGGAGAUAAUGUGAAUGUACAAUAUCAGAGGUGAGACAGUACGAGCUGACUGCUGAUUGCUGGCUAUGUUACUUAGCUCACACACUUUGUACUCAUGUAGCUUCACUUAGAAAAUGGAUGAAUGAUAAUGGAAAUAUCUCCAUUAAGUUCUCAAAACAGUCUGGAUCCAUGCUUCUUCUACACUGGCAAUCAACAAUGAGUUGUGACCAGAUUUCUUCACAAAGGAAGAGAAGUCCUUACUGGAAGGGACAGAAUAAUUACGUGGAUCAGAGAUGGAUUUCUGUCUCAGAGUCAUUGGUCUGUGCUGGAAAGGGAAGGAUCUGGCUGGAGAAAAGUCAGCUCUGGUCAGCAUCCGCAGGAUGUGACCUGCAUUGCUGUGAGUUGAUUUGGGAGAACAACUUUUAAAUGCCACCAAGAAGAAACAGGAUCUCACUAUUUGCAGCACUGAUCAUUUCUACUCGCUAACUCACAAAGAAUGGCAAGACUAUUGGUAAUAUGGAAGGAAAAAAGGACUCCUUAUGUUUCAGAACUGAUUUGCUAUGAAUGUCUUUCAAAUACUUUAUCCUAUGCUGCUGAUUGGGGCAUUAUCAAAUGAUAAGUGUAGAUCCAAGAGUAUUCUUUGACAUUGUACACAAUCACCUUUGUAAUGAAUCAGUAAUAUAUGAAGAACAAACAAUGGGCUAGAGGCCAGGCAUCUUAAUAACAAUGUAAAAAAAGCCUUAUUUUAAACAUGUAUUUGUUCCUACUGCUGUUCUUACCUCUAACUUUCUACUUAUUGUCAGUGUUGUGAAGCCCACUAAUCUGAUGGUUUUAUGAUUCGGCAACUUCCUGCAACUUCUGCGAAGUGCAGGUUUGUAGUUUUGAUUUUAAAUGACAUCUUUGACAACUGUACAUUUCAAAUGCCUUGUGUAUAUAGCUCAGCAAUAAUGCAAAGUCUGGUGAUGCUCAGCCAAAUUGUUCACUCCAUAGUGAACUUCAUUGCUUGUGCUUUUCUGUAGUGAUAGAAGAUGACCUGAAACAGUUAGGAAGUGGAAAUAUGCACUGACAUUUUCAACAGCCUAGCUUAAAGAAAGCGCAGAAGAAGGACAGUGACAAAAGCUGGCUGGGUUCAGUUCUCAUGUUUAAAACAAACUGUCUAAAAGAUAAUUUGGCGUGCUCAAUUUAAACUGAAUGAACUGACUUCCAAAUGCCAGUGUGGAUGCAUGCCCUUCCACAUAACUGAGCAACCCUUCUGUGCUUCUUACGUACCCAUUUUCAUGGGUACAUCCCAUGUUCAGGCCUGCAAACCAAAGUGGUGCAUGUAUCAUGGAAGCGGAGAUAUUUCAUAUCCACAUUUUGAAAGAUUUGUUCCAGAUGUAAAUGCAUCUGAAGUUGGAUUGCAGUUCACAUGCAGAAACUUUCCCAGAGUGACCUGAAGACAUUAUGAGAGUUAGAUUCACAAUUUUGUUUUUGAUGAAAAGAUUUUGGGAUGUAUCUUCUGUCACAUCAGUGCCCAUAAAGGCUCUUCCCGUGUAGUAGUGCUGGUGCCUUAGCCCUAACAAUGAACAGAAAUGUUUGUAUGUGGUUUUGGAUGCAGCAGGUUGUUUUGUUUUGUUUUGUUUUUUCCUCAAAGAGAACUUCAGAAAGAGAAAACAUUUCAUGGUGCAAAUUACUCAGGACAGUUUUAUAUAUAGUGCCCUACUGGUAGAUGUGUAUUAUAAUAUACUCUGUGUCUUUCUUUGCAAUCUUCAAUAGAUGAAGAAGCUUCCAACACUGUAUUUUAUUGGGUUAUAUAUUUGUCGGUCAAAGAAUGUGCCGGCUAUAGAGCAAGACUGAUAAAAUAUAAGAAGGCAGGCCAAAUUUGAACUACACCAUAAUCUUUUAAAUGAAUUACAGUUAAAGAAAAACACACAAUUACUUUAUCCAUCAAGUAAGGCAAAUGUUUACUUGGGGAUCAGUCUGAUUUCAGAGUCUGUGGGGAAAAGAGCUGCUAAUAAAAUGUAAAAUUUUCUGCUCUAGCACCUCUGUCCUUUAGCAGAACAUGAAAGUCUUGACUCUCCUGAUGACAAAACUUACCUUCAGAAAGCUGUCUUUUCCACUCGCUUUUGUUUGCUAUAAGUUACUGUCAAAUGUUCUAGGGCAACUACUAAGCAUAUUUGUGCCUCAUUUAGCUAAAGCACAGCCAGAGCCUUCCUGAUGGCCUGCUGAGCAGACAACCUCAGACUUUUUGCAUGAGAUGCAGUAAAAUGUAAUUGUCCUCAAAUGUGUUCCCACUGAGUUAGGAUAAUGCCAAACCAUAAUUGCAUCUAACUGGGAGCAUUUGAUGUAUAAAAUAAUAAGAUUGUUUUACAAGUGGCUCUUGCCAUGCUGAAUUUCACAUUGAGUUUUAGUGGUCAGUGUAGUGAAGGAGUUCAAAGACAGACUGCUUAAAUGUUCUGCGUUUUAGCUGUCUUUUGAAAAUAAUUAGAGCAGAGUUUUGGAGCCAAAGGUCUUUAGCCAUAACUAACACAGUACCUUUCCUCAACCGCCUUUCUGCUUUUUUUCUAUAUGUGGCAUCUGUGUGUAGGAGAUGCCUUCUGAACGAUCUCUAACUUAAAACUAUUUGUUGUAAAUACUAGGGAUGAACUUGCGUAUGUAUUUUAUUUUGACAAGUGUUUUGUAACAUUUUAUCUUACUUUGUGCAUCUCACCAUCUGUGUGCUGUUACAUGUGCUGUAAAUCGAGUGUCUUGGCUACAGAGCAGAUGAGUUGGCUGUUGACGGCUGAAACACAAUGUAUAGGACUGCAGUGUCUUCAUGUGUAUUUGUUCUGAAGUAAUUGCAUUACAUUGUUUACUCUUGGAACGUUGUCAAAUGAAUCUAUUUUCUGGAAAUAAGUACAAACUUACAUUCCCAUUAUUUUCCUCUCAUAUGUGUUUUAAUUAAAUAAUGUACAGCUGAAGUUCUUCAGCUACGUCUUAUAAAAUUUUAUUGUACAGUUUUAAAA